CACGAAGCCCCAUCUAUGAUCGGUGUCAGGCUAUAAUCUGGCCGUUGGGUUGGGGAACCAGAACAACCUUGGCCCAGAUAAUGAAUGACUGAAGAAGCAAACAAAUUGCCAUAAAAAACACCUACAUACAAUAACCACAAAAAACGUCUAUGGACACGUGAAAAAGGGAAAAAAAAAGAACAAAAAGAGUAUCGGCGAUGGAGGAAACGUCAGCGGUGAUUCCAUCGUCGACGGCGCCAGAGAACGCGGCACCGGCGGCGCGGCGGGAGGUUUUCCUCCGAGAGGUGAAAGAGGUGAAUCACAUAGCUCUGCCGAUGAUAGUGGUCACGGUGUCCCAGUAUCUGCUCCGCACUUCUCCAAUGCUAAUGUUGGGACACCUCGGGGAGCUGCCCCUCUCCUCCGCCUCCAUCGCCACCUCCCUCUGCAGCGUCACCGGCUACAGUCUUCUUUAUGGAAUGUCGAGCGCGUUGGAGAUGUUGUGUGGGCAGGCUUACGGAGCAAGACAGUAUCGAAAACUAGGGACGUUCACAUUGGGCUCCAUUCUAUGCCUCUUCCUCGUCUGCAUUCCGGUCUCCAUCCUCUGGUUGUUCACCAAAAACUUGUUGAUCUUGAUAGGACAAGACCACGCCAUAGCCGUAGAGGCAGGGAAGUACGCCACCUGGCUCAUACCCACUCUCUUUCCAUAUGCCAUUCUCCAGUCCCUCGUUCGAUACCUUCAGGUGCAGAGCAUGAUUGUUCCCAUGAUGUGGAGCUCCGUGGCUUCUCUGUGCUUCCACUUGCCUGUGUGUUGGGCUUUUGUGUUCAGGCUAAACUUGGGGAUUGCCGGAGCUGCACUGUCAAUCGGUCUUUCCUAUUGGUUGAAUGUGAUUUUGAUUCUGGCGUACGCCAAGGAGUCGUCGACCUGUGAGAGAAGCCGCCCUGCUUUCUCCAGGGAUGUUUAUUCCACGAUGGGUGACUUCUUUCGCUUCGCCAUUCCCUCUGCUGUAAUGGUCUGUCUGGAAUGGUGGUCGUUUGAGCUGAUCGUAUUGUUAUCUGGAAUUUUGCCAAACCCGAAACUAGAGACCUCGGUGUUGUCAAUAUGCUUUACAACCACAUCGGUACACUACCACAUUCCAUACUCCUUCGCUACUGCUGCAAGCGUUCGAAUUUCAAAUGCCCUCGGAGGUGAUAAGCCCGAGGCAGCGAAAUUGGCACUCUUGGCAGUAGUGGUUCUAUCUGCCGCGGAGUUUGUCCUCGCGAGUGGGGCCCUCUUUUCCCUACGGAGCGUGUGGGGGUACGUGUUCAGCUAUGAGGAAGAAGUGAGGGGGUACGUGGAAGAGAUGGUCCCUCUGCUGUGCCUAUCCAUCAUGUUGGAUGGCACGCAAGCUGUGCUCUCUGGGGUUGCUAGGGGCAGCGGGUGGCAAAGUUUAGGGGCAUACGUGAACCUCGGGUCAUAUUACUUGGUUGGGGUCCCUAUGGCUCUGCUGCUUGGUUUUGUUUUUGACCUGAAAGGGCAGGGCCUGUGGGGCGGAUUGGUCGCCGGGUCUUUGGUUCAGUCCACCGCUUUUUCCCUCAUCACAGCCUUCACUAAUUGGGAGAAACAGGCAAUGGAAGCAAGACAAAGGCUAUUUGAUGAGAAAAUGCAACUGCCUCUUCUUCAAUGAAUGAAAUGGUAAUACUUCAUUCAUUCCAAAAUAAAUUUCGUUAUAUUAUUCACAAAAUCGAACUAUAUCGUUUACAUAGUCGAACAAUGUCGCAUUUUCACCCACACAAAAAAGAAAAACACAAACAAAACAGUAUGUGCUUUGCGUGCCACAAGUACAAUUGUAUGAUUUUUUGUCGGCAAAUCUGGUUAGGGGGACAUGGGUUUAUUGGGGUAUAGUUCCAUGGAGGGCACAACCGACUUGUAAAUCUCAUAUAUCAACCUGUUUUCGAACUCUGUCUUGGUAUACCCCAUCUUUGACGAACGGCGGUCGGCCUUGUUCUCGCCGGUCAACCUUUCCCGGCGGGAGGUUUGACUCCCGCCGGCGAAACUGAGCAUCAUCUUGAGCCUCGUCCAGAGCCUCACCGGCGGCGACAGGACCCUCCUCCACUGCAGCCUCGGCGGCCUGGAGCCAAACCUCGUAACUCUCAAAUUCUUCUUCCUGGCUCCGUCCACGCGCCUGUAAGCUCUCCUCCGCCACGCCCUCCUAAUCCGGCCGCCGCUCGAUUUGAACGGACUCAAAAGCGCCUCCAUGUAUUUCUUUACGUGCAAUACAAUAUAUACAAGAAUCUGUG